GAGCAGUGGAAAGGAGAGACGAAGCAGAGGAAAGGAGAGACGCAGAGCGCCGGAAAUACUAUAAGAUGCAACUGAGCAAUAGUUUCACCACGCUAUCUCCACUGGGCUGGGCUUUGGAGACACAAAUUCCUCUGUUUCAUGGAGCCGAGUCAGCGGACAAAAUGUGGGUGCGCGCCGUGAAGUCUGCUCUCGGUAAACAGGAAAUAGUGGACAUCUUGCUCGACGCUGCAAUCAGCUCGUCAAAUCUGUCAAGCUGCGUAGUGACCGACUGUGUCCGGACUCUAUCCUCUUUUUGGUCCCGAAGGAUGAUCAAGUGGCAUCGCUUCGAUGACGAACUGUUGGAGGAUUUCCCUCAGCCUAUGGCCUUGAUCGAGGAAAUGGAGAGGGCGGAUUACGUGAGAGCGAAGCUGAAGUUGCUGGUUAGUCGUUUUAGUGAAUUUCCUCCUGACUUGAUGUUCACGGCACCUUUGUGUAACCUCCACCUGGCUAAGAUCCUAAUCUCCCAGGGCAUCAGGGAUGUAGACGCUCAGGUUGCCCAGAUUCUGUUGCAGUGUCUGUGCUACUGGAGGCGAGCUUUAGGCUCCAGGGAGCUCGACUGGUUUGCUUGCGAGACCAUAGAGACGCUGCGGGAUCUGUUUGCCACAUCAACGCAGCAGAUCUCCCUCAUUCGCCAAAUCUGGGAGUCUCCAGGUGGGGUCAGCUGCCUAAGACUGAUGCUCAAUGACAAGAGUCGCCUGCAUGAGGAGGUGGACAGUCUGAUUGCUAAAGUGCUCAUAAGGGUUGCCCCGUGUGCUCAAGUGCAUGCAUCAUCGCCUGAAAGCAGCCCUCAGAUGAGACAUGCCUUGGAAGAUCUCUACCGGUGGGCAAGAGCUCUGCGCUACGGGGACGCGGAGGAGAGGCGACAGCGCCCCGAUAUCACAACGCUUGUGGAGCUUGUGGAUGGUCUGAAUCCAGGUGCACCUGCCAGUGGAGCUUUGUACUUUGCCCCUCACGCAAGUGAGGCGGUGUCCUUUGACAUUCUGGACACCAAAUUCGACAUGAUUUUGGGCAUGUCAUGGCUGCGAAGCAAGGAUCACCCGGUGAACUUCUUCAACCGCACCGUUCACGUUCGUGAUCGGAACGGAGUAUUAGUUCCAUGCACGGUGCCUCUUCCUCACCCUUCGAUCAGCUGCCACGUGGUAUGCGCCGCAAGCAUGCGAGCUUCCAUCAUCAAAGACGACAUCGAGGAGAUGGGGGKGUGUUUUCUCCACGCCCUCCCGCCACAUGACGCUUCAUCGACGGACUCACCUUCGGAUCCACGCAUCACGGAACUUCUCGACGCCUACAACGACGUGUUCGAAGGCCCGCACAGAGUAGUACAGGAUCGACCCAUCCGCCACGAGAUCAUCCUCGAGGACGGGGCCGUACCUCCGCGCGGUUGCAUCUACCAAAUGAGCGAGGAACAGUUAAGUGUGCUUCGGGCACAACUCGACGACCUUCUGGAGAAAGGCUGGAUUCGGCCUAGCUCAUCGCCAUACGGUGCUCCUGUUCUCUUCGUCCGGAAGAAGAACAAGGACCUGCGGUUGUGCAUCGAUUAUCGCAAGCUCAACGCGCAGACGAUCAGGAACGCCGACCCUCUCCCACGCAUCGACGACCUUCUCGAGCGAUUGGGCGGCGCCCAGUUCUUCUCCAAGCUGGAUCUCAAGUCAGGGUACCACCAACUCGAGAUUCGCAAGGAGGACCGUUACAACACCGCAUUCAAGACACGGUAUGGGCAUUUCGAAUGGUUGGUUAUGUCGUUUGGCCUUACGAAUGCCCCAGCCACUUUCCAAGCGGCUAUGACAACGGAGUUCCGACACAUGCUGGAUCGGUUUGUACUCAUCUACCUCGACGACAUCUUGGUGUAUAGUCGGAGUUUGGACGAGCAUGUGGAACACCUGCGCACCGACGUUUCAUGCAAACUGCUUCCCAAGUCGUUUGGAUCUUGGUCUGUGACAGCAGCCGCGGGCGAUGAGCCCGAUGGCCCUUCAUUUGUGAUCAACAUUCCAGAGCAUCUGAUGGUCCAUCCGGUCUUCCACGCCUCGAAGCUGGCAACAUACACGCCAGCCAAGAGCGACGACUUUCCGGGCCGACGAUCGCAGGACCCUCUUUCUAUGGAUGGCCAUCAGGAAGUUGACCGUGUCAUCACCGAUCGCAAGUACGGCAGCAAGCCGCGACAGUACAAAGUCACAUUCAAAGCAUGCGAUCGCGACGACACUCGGUGGAUUUCAGGAGCAGAUUUGAAAGCAUCCGCACCGCUGAUCUACGCUCACUAUGAACGUCAAAGGUUAGCCAAGGGACCUUCACGACCUGCCCCUCCCACUCGGACUGUGGUCCCUCCCUUAGACAGACAGCUUCGCCCUCGCAGGUAUCAGCAACAACGACUCAGCAGGCGACCUACUCCAGCAGCAUCAGGUACAGCAACUGCAGUACCAGUCACUACCGGGGCCCUUCCCGCCUGCCCCGUCCAAGGGGACCAGGAGACGUUGUCAGCUUACCUUCAGCGGGUACAGGCAUUUACGGAUGCCGUCGCUACGGCUAAAGCACAGCAGGAGGCAGCAGAGGCGGAACGUCAGCGGCUGGCCAAUGAGGCGGCAGCCCAAGCUCAGCGGACUGCUGAGGCUGACGCAACAGCUCGAGACAGACGGAAUGCCGCCAGCGCUGAGGCCCUGAUUCAGAAUGAGAAUCAGUGGACAGCACUCCUCCAAGGCAUGCUUUUUGUGCCUACGGACGAGCAGGCGGAUCCGACACUGGCCAAGGCAGAAAGGAGUAACCUGGCUAAUUUGAUGCUGAGCAUGAUGAGGGCGGUAAUGUGGAGUAACACAAUGAUGCAGUUGGGCGGCGCAACGUACUUCUCGAAGUUCGACUUGAAGUCGGGUUACCACGAGAUUGAAAUCCAGCCUCAAGACCGGUACAAGACCGCCUUCAAAACGUGGUAUGGGUAUUUUGAGUGGGUCGUGAUGCCAUUUGGACUCACCAAUGCCCCGACAACCUUCCAAGCAGCCAUGACAACGGAGUCCCGAGACUUGCUCGAUCGUACCGUCCUCAUCUACCUCGACGAUAUCUUGGUCUAUAGUAGGACGCUUGACGAGCACCUCAUACACCUUCGUGUGGUGUUGGAACGUUUGCGAGCAGCCAAGUACAAAGCAAACCGCGACAAGUACGAAUUCGCCAAACAAGAGCUUGAGUACUUAGACCAUUAUGUGACGCCGAAAGACAUUCGUCCCUUAGCGGACAAGAUCCAAGCCAUCGUGRAUUGGCCGGAACCCCGUUGCACGACGGACAUACGCUCUUUCAUGGGUUCGGCUGGAUACUAUCAGCACUCCAUCGAGUCUUACUCCAAAGUGGCAACUUUUUUGUCGAGACUUCAGUCCCCGAAGGUACCAUUCGAGUUCGACGACGCAGCUCGUGGCGCGUUCAAUACGUUGAAGGCGGCAAUGCAAGACGCACCGGCCCUCCAUAUCUAUGAUCCCACCCUACCCACCCAAGUGACUAUGGAUGCUUCCAGAAGUUCCACGUACGGUAUUAAUGCGGUAUUGGAACAAUGCCACACGGAUGGUUGGCACCUGGUCGAGUAGUUCUCCCAAAAAGUGUCUCCCAUCAACACUCUCGACGACGCUAAGAAGAAAGAGCUACUCACGUCCGUCACCGUUCUCAAACGGA